AUGGGAAGCACACGCAAGAACCCUUUUACCAAAUUAUUCGGCAAAAGAUUCUAUCAGUCGGUGUGUUCGAUCGCGUAAUAGAUUUUAUUAGCGGGCGUGUUAAUGAAACGACAUUAACAUCGAUAUAUUUAACAGGCGAGCGCGAAGAAAUAACAUCGAUUGAUUGACAUCGAUUUCAAAAGCAAGUCAAUCGAUAUUCGUCGAUUCUCUCGUGAUCUCCGAGCAACUCGCUCAUCGGCGCGCGACGCGAGAUAAUAUUAAUUGAUUGAUACGCGCUUUGAAAGGAGGCCACACUUGUUGCGAUUCUCGAGGCACCGCUCUCACACCGUGUGAUUUUCAAUCGCGACGCGAUUCCGAUUUCCUCGAAUUCAAUUCAGUCGCGUCAGACGUCAGCCUCUUUGCGCACGCUUCCAUCGCUGAAUAUCAUACGCAAACCACGAACAAACAGAGUCCGCGCGUAACGAAAAGUAAGUAAUUAACGUCGGUAAUUUUGGACGGUUCGAGAAGGAGCUAUGAUUCUCCCACAUUCGGAUCGGCAGGCAGCUCGCUAAAAAUAAUUCUAAAAUUAAUCGAGACGAUUGUAGACCGUAUUGUCUAUCGACGGGGCAGUGAAUGCUGGCGGAAGUCAUAAAAGGAACGAAGGACUGGCAUUGUCUUCUCUGGGCAAGACAGGGCAAGAAGGUCCAACGUGCUGUUGGCAACUU